UAGUAAAUUCGACUCGGUUUUAGAGGCGGUGCCAUCGCCAAGCGGUAGGAUCUGUGUGACAGUGCAGGGUACAGCUUUAGGUUGAGGGGCAGCGAGAGGAAAGAAUUUCUCCCGAUCCCGCUAAAUACUCGCCACUAUUCCAUCGCAACAAACAUCAGCUAAAUUCAAACUGAUAUCAUUUCUACACCGUGCUGGGAAUUCGCGAGGGUUGCUACAGUGAAGAAUAUUUACCACUCGCCUGCAGGACUUAAUCAGACUACAACGUUACUGUUAGCCGAACUUUCCCCUUUUUAUUUUGGAUUGUCUUGCAGUUUGAUUUUUUUUUUUUCCUCCCCGUUUUUAAUUCCAACCGGCUGACAUCUACAUGAUUUUGUAAUCUGCGGGUGUCUGCGUCCUUUUUCAAAAUUAAGAGCGUUUCGCCGAAAAGUUUUAUUUUCAUUUCUAUUUUCGGGGGGGAGCGUUAGAGUUUUUCCACGAUGAAUAAGCUAUACAUUGGAAAUCUCAAUGAAAACGUGACCGCAGAAGAUUUGGUUAAAACCUUUGAAGAUCACAAGAUCCAAUACUCUGGACAGUUUCUCAUGAAAACUGGCUAUGCGUUUGUUGAUUGCCCGGACGACCAAUGGGCGAUGAAAGCAAUUGAAACAUUUUCUGGUAAAGUGGAACUUCACGGCAAACGAAUUGAGGUCGAACAUUCUGUCCCUAAGAAGCAGAGGACCAGAAAACUCCAGAUCAGAAACAUUCCGCCGCACCUACAGUGGGAGGUUCUUGAUGGUCUGCUUGCUCAGUAUGGACCUGUUGAGAACUGUGAACAAGUGAAUACAGACAGUGAGACUGCAGUUGUGAACGUCACUUAUGGGACACGGGAGCACGCUAGACAGGCAAUCCAGAAGCUCAACGGUUACCAGUUUGAGAACAAUGCCCUGCGUGUUUCAUACAUCCCCGACGAAAACUCUGAUACCGACUCUCAACGAGGCCCAGACAACGGCCGUCGUCCCGGAUACGGUCCACGAGGACACUCCCGCCAGAUGUCACCUGGCUCCGGAAUCCCCAGCAAACAUCAGCACGCAGACAUCCCUCUCAGGCUGCUGGUGCCCACGCAAUACGUGGGUGCCAUUAUCGGCAAGGAGGGCGCCACCAUCCGUAACAUCACCAAACAAACUCAGAGCAAGAUCGAUGUGCAUCGUAAAGAGAAUGCAGGUGCUGCUGAAAAGCCCAUAAGUAUCCAUUCUACCCCAGAGGGCUGUUCAGCUGCCUGCCGCAUGAUCCUGGAAAUCAUGAUCCAGGAGGCCAAGGACACCAAAACUGCUGAUGAGGUGCCUCUGAAGGUUCUUGCUCACAACAACUUUGUUGGCCGUUUGAUUGGCAAAGAGGGACGCAACCUGAAGAAAGUGGAGCAAGACACUGAUACCAAGAUCACAAUUUCACCACUCCAGGAUCUGACCCUUUAUAACCCAGAGAGGACAAUUACGGUGAAGGGCUCGAUCGAAGCGUGCUGCCUGGCCGAACAGGAAAUCAUGAAGAAAGUGCGGGAGGCAUAUGACAAUGAUGUCGCUGCCAUGAAUCAACAGACCCACCUGAUCCCUGGAAUAAACCUGGGAGCAAUCGGCCUCUUCCCGCCAUCCUCUGCCAUGCCGCCUCCUGCCCUCGGAAACUCUGUGCCUGGUCCCCUCUAUGGCCCUAUGGGGGCCUCUGAACAGGAGACCGUCCACGUGUACAUCCCAGCUCAAGCCGUAGGAGCCCUUAUUGGCAAGAAAGGACAGCAUAUCAAGCAGCUGAGCCGUUUUGCUGGAGCUUCUAUUAAGAUUGCACCAGCAGAGGCUCCAGACUCAAAAAUGCGAAUGGUCAUUGUUACAGGACCACCUGAGGCCCAGUUCAAGGCUCAAGGCAGAAUAUACGGUAAGCUGAAGGAGGAGAACUUCUUCGGCCCCAAAGAGGAAGUGAAGUUGGAGACACACAUCAAAGUAGCAGCUGCAGCAGCAGGAAGGGUCAUCGGAAAAGGCGGGAAAACCGUGAACGAACUGCAGAACCUCACCGCUGCUGAAGUAGUGGUUCCCCGAGAGCAGACCCCUGAUGAACACGACCAGGUCAUCGUCAAAAUCAUCGGCCACUUUUACGCAAGUCAGUUGGCACAGAGGAAGAUCAGGGACAUUUUGACACAAGUCAAGCAGCAGCAGAAAGGAGGUACAGGAGGUUCUCAGGGGUCCCAUCCGCAGGGCAUGUCUGAGCCGGGGACCCCUCAGGAACUGGCACAAGAACCCAGGAGGAAGUGAGAGGCCGGGGCCGCUACCCAGUCAGACGGACAAAUGGGAGGACAAACGAGCAGACUGACAGAGAGAGAGAGAGUGACACACAGACCUAGCGGUAGACAGGGAGAAAUGAGCAGCAGAAUGAGAGUGUAUUAAAAAGAGAAAAAAAAAGACAAAAAAUGCCUGUGAGAGGGCGAGGAAGCAAGUUUAGUGAAAAUGAACAAGAAAAAAAAAUGAUUUUUUUUUUUUAAAGAGAGAUAACUAGAAAACAGAGACCAGAUGCCAGGCCAGGUGGAGUGACUGAGGAUGGUGAGGAGGUCUGUCAAAACGGAGCGCCCCUCUGGUGAGAGCUUUUUUACAUAGCUGCUUAUUGGGAAUAGGGUGUAAUGAAGGUCCCUUCAAAAGUGUGUAUUCAUAAAGGAUUCGAGCUUCAUGGGACUCUCAGCCAUCAGCAGUCACUUCAAAUUUUUUUACAGUUUUUUUUGUUUUUGUUUUUGUUUUUUUUAAAGAUAGAGAUAUAUGUAUAGAAAUGUUUAUUCAGAGGUAUUAUUAAUGAAAUGCAGUGAGGUAGAGACGGGAAAGAGAGAGCAGAGAAGCCAUCACACUUUUUGGAGGGCGUGGUCACUAAUCAAGUGACUUCUCCCUACCUAUCAGAGAUGAGGGGAGGGGCCAAAGUUGUUAACACUGCUCUUGAAGUCCCCCACGCUAAACCGUGGGGGUGACGAGAUGAAAAAAAAAAAAUGAGGUUGUAAAUAUAAUCUUCAUGACUAAUGCUGCACGUUUAACCAUCGACAAUCGAGUGCCUGGCUUAUGAGGGUUGUGGCGUUUUUCCUGCCACUUCCUUUUUAGGCUUCGUGCCGUUUGGCCGGCGGGACGUGCGGCGAGAGUUCAGUAAGCGUGUGGGCUAAAGGUGACCUCUGCAGUUGUAUUGCAGUGGCUCAGCUUUGAUGUGCGGAGACCCAUCAAUUCCGUCCUAAACCACGCCGGCGAUGAUCGCUGCAGCGCCGCUCACACACAAACGGCAUAUUUUAUAUAUAUUAUAUAUAUAUGAUAUGUGAGUUAACCUGGCCCCUCAUUGCAUUGGAGCAGGCAGACAAUGAAAAAGAAGGUACUGCAAUUUCAGAAAACGAGACCUAGAGCAUCUUUUGUUUAAACGUUUUCUCUAAGGAAUUUACGUAUUCAAAUUUUUUUUAAAAGCAAUCAUGAAACCUGGCCUUCAGACACAUUGUUCUGUGUUUUUCCUGAGAAUAAUUAUGCUGUUAAUAUGCAGAGACAGAAUCAAGUGAGGACAGUCAGCCUGAAUGCCAGGUUUGGAAUGACAGGGUCUGCCUUUAGGUCAAAGGUCAAGAACAGGUGACCGCAAAAUGGUUUCUGUGCUCUCUCUCGCCCACUUUGUUUGACAUUUGCCGUUGAGGUUGCCAGAGUCCUGGCCUUGCUCACUGAUCCUAGAACAGAUUAGAUAAAAUGAAAUUAAGAAGAAAAAAAAAAACUACCUCAGGGUAUUGUUACCUCAGUAUUCCUAAUUUCUAGUUUCUUUUGCCUUUUUUUUUUUUUUUGCUUGCUUGCUGGUGUUUUUAUAUAAAAGCUGAUAGUCUUGAAUAUUUUAUUUUUUUAAGGAAGAAGUAUUUUACUUUUUCUUUUUGGGUAUGAGUGUAUGCGUGAGUGUAAGUGAGGGUGUUUUUCCUCACCUGAGCUCAGAAGGACUCCCAGGAAAAAUUCUGAAUUGUUUAGGUGGUCUCUCUCACCUGUAGCCUGGGGGUCCUUGAAGAGUCGCACUUGAAAUCACUGUUCAAUGGGACGUAGGACGGGUCAUACCAGUUUUUACAGGUGCAUAAUGAACAUUGCCAUACCACAGGAUUUUAAGUUUGAUGCAUAUGCGUUUGUUUGUCAUACAAGCUGACCGUAGAAAUCUAAAAAUGGCUUCUUUUUCUAACUUCUGCCAUUAUUUUUGCACCUGUGGUGUGAUCUUGAUCAUUCUGCAUUGAUGGAUUUAGACAUCAUUGGAUGACUUGCUUGAAAGGGCUUGACUUACUCACCAUGCUUGAAAAAAGCGAAAGCAUGAUGACAAUCUUCAGCCCCAAGACACUGAAUGUGAACCAUUCAACAUCUCUCUCCUGUUUUUUAUUUGGAUCGAGUCUCGUCCUUCCCCAUUGUCCUGUGCAAGUGUGCGCGAGUGUCUUUUCUAAUUGAGUUCAAGUGUUAAAUCUUUUUGUUGGGGAAGUGGUUUGGGUGUUUAAAAAAGGCAGGAACAUAGAAAAACACUCAUUUUUUUAAAUAAACUGACUGAGAACAUAAAACGUACCUUUGAAAAACGGAAGCUAAAAAAAUAUAAAGUAAAUUCAAAUAAAAAAACAUUCACAUCUCUCAAAUUGAAACCUGUAAAUAAUUUGUUUAACGGAACUAUCGGAUAAAAAACUGUUUGUAUUUUUUUAGAAUAAAAUACUAAUUGGAUAAAGGAUGGAAAGACUUUUAACCGUUAAAGAUGGAUGGACACUGCCAGACCACAUCCUUUUCAGGUUCCAUUCAGAGGAAGGGUUUGCUAGCAUGUUCUUGUGCUUUAACCGCUCAAAGUCUUUUAUUUUGUUUUUGUGGGUUUUUUUUUUUUUAAGCUUCCCUUUUUCACACUAGAUGGCAGUCUUCUGUUCUCUGCUUGAGGACUGAACUUGUUAAUGACUCAUCUCCAUUGAGACACAAUACAUACUGCUCUUCAGGCGGGAAAGCAAAGAAGUGUCUGUCCUGUUCCAGCCGUAGACACCGAGACACACUCACACACUUCUGCUCUGUUCAGACUGCAGCAGCCUUUUUUUUUCUCUCUCUCUUUUUUUUAAAAUGUUUUUAUUUUUGACAGCAAGCUUUAUUUGGACAUGACAUCUGGUUACGAACUGUUUCAUCAAUAAAAGACAAAAAAAUAUGUGAGCGAGAAAUAUUAACAUAAAUAUCAGCAGAUCUCCAAGAACUAACAUAGUGUUGUGACAAAAAAAAUAAGUAGAUAUAUUAUUGUAAUUGCAUUUUUUUUUUUGUUAUUUUGUCUCUUUUAUUAUUAUAAUUCUUUGGGUGAAAGGUGGAAGAGAUGAGAGGGAGAUGCCCUUAACAGUUUCAAUGGACAGGUGGACAUUUCGUAAAGAUUUUAAAAGCCACAUUUGUCCCCUUCCUCUUUUUCCCCACAUGUUCUUACCUUUCAUCCCCUUCCACCACUCGCUGCCUUCAUCCGCUCAUUAUGGUUUUGCGUUAUUAUCCGAUUCAAAACAGACUUGGCGAGCGACGUGUGGUUUCAUUUCUGGAGUUGAGCGCCCUCUCUCACGCUGGCCUCGUUUGUGACCGUUUUCUCUGUUCAGUUCAGUCGUUUGAUGUUGAAUUCCUUUAAGAUUUAUUUUUCCUCAUUCGUUUCUCAAAUUGUCUUCAUUUAGUUUGGAUUAUAGCUAGGUUUCAUGAUCAGAGUUCUUUAUGCACAGACACCUCUUACACUGCUACUAGUUCAUUUGAAUUACUAACAAAUGAUUCAUUCUUCACGUAAUACCUGUGCCAAACUGGGAUUCGCUUUGCGUUUUGUUGUUGUACUCCAGGAAAAAGGAACUAAUUAAGACUGUUCGCAGUCAGGAACGGAUGCAGUGCUCGUGUAGAUACACGGUUCCCUGAGUACUGCGAGUCGGCCUCCUGUUUGGCACUUGGAAGUGUUUUCUUCUCUCCUUUUUAUUUCAAGGUCCUCCACACGUUGUCGGUGACGAGGGCUUGAACAAACCGUAGAACCGUUUAGCAUACUUGAGCUUGGAAAAGAGAUAGUAUGUUGUUUACUUAUGCAAAUCUGUGACGAGUCAAACGAAUGGCUUUCGUUUGUCACACGGACUGUUGAGUGUCCACUGGGAAAAGUUGCAUUGCAGUGAUAGAUCACAGGUUGAAGCGCAGCUUAGUUGGGUGUGAUCAUCAUAUUGACGUUGCAUGCCACUGUUGUAUCUCACCGUGCUAGUUUCUGGCCUCUCCUUAAGGAAGACAUUUGGGUGCUACAAAUGACGAAUCAAACCUCACAUAACUAGGAACGCUACCUCAAGACUUAGCCAUAAGAUUGUUUUUAUCAAGCAGAUGAGAGCGAAAGUGCAUGUUACAUUUUACUUUUGAGUUUUAAUUUAUUUUUAGCUCUUCAUUUCUGUAGACGUUUGGAUAGAAUACUACUCCAGCUUAGAGCUGGGACUCUUUUGCGGGGCAAGGUGGCAGGACAGGGAACGGAUGUGUUUGGUGAUGGUUUGCACGGGAGGAGGAACGUUGAAGAGCCUGUGAAAUUCUGUUAGUGCACAGUUAAGCUAAAAUUCUCCCUACGUUGUGACUUAUGGUGCAUUCAAGUCAAGUCGGAAAGAUUUGUGAGUUAAAUGCACAUGAAUGCCACCACAAAGUUCUUUAUUGGAAUAGUUCACUUAAAAUUUGCUGAAAAUUUAGACUCCUUCAGGCCAUCCAAGAUGAAGAUUGGUUGUUUCUUCCUCUGAACAGAUUUGGAGAAAUUCAGCAUUACAUCACUUACUCUGCAGUGAAUGGGUGCCGUCAAAAUGAGAGUCUAAACAGCUGAUAAAUACAUUACAAUAAUCCAGAAGUAAUCCAUAUGACUCAAGUCACAGUUAGAAUCAGUUAAAGUCUUGUGAAGUGAGAAACCAUCAAGAUGUUUUUAACUUCAAACUGUUGUGAAAUGCAAGUCUCCUAUCCAUAAUAUUGCUUUACUUUGUGGAUCACUUGAUGUUUUUUUUUUUUUUUACUCUCAUUUUGACGGCACCCAUUCACUGCAGAGGUGAGCAAUGAUGCAAUGCUACAUUUUUCCAAAUCUGUUCCAAUGAAGAAACAAACUCUUCUACAUCUGGGAUGGGUUUGUACUUUUUCCAGCAAAUUUCAUUUAAACCCUGAAUUUUUAAGUUGGGGCGCGUCACAACGGAUCACAAUCGAUCGCAUGUACAAAAUAUAGUAGUAUUGUACAAUUACCAUUACAGCAUGAAUUGAACAAUAACAUAAAGAAAAAACACAUCUGAUGUGCAUUCUUUAUACAUCAUUUAUGGAAGUUAAAAAAAUCUUUCACAGCCAUCAAAGUGACUUGAACACACCUGAUGUCGUAAUUACUUAAAUACUUUCCAACUCAUAAAUACAGACUGAACGCACCAUAAGACCUGACUAUUAUGAAACUAAUGGCACAAACGUAACUAGGCCAGCAUUCGUAGAGUGACUAACGAUACCUCUGAAGAUCGAAACACACAACUGUGCCUGUUGCGCUAUUUCCUCUGUGUCCUUUCCCACUUCGAUGGCACCACACUACCUCCAUGCCAUGCAGCCUUGACCCCGAGUACAACCCUCCCCAUUCAGAAGCCCUUUUCUCACUGAUCUUGAAAACGGUUUCACCUUCUUUCCUUUUUGGUGAAACUAGAUUUCAAUCGGCAACAAAAUAGAGCUUCUACUAAUAUUCUGUCCUCCACCUGUAGUCUCAUUUUAUGACUUCAUGGCCUGAAUCAAAAGGCACGACUCCUGUAACCAUGUGUUUUUAAUUAUUUUUUUUUUUUCUUUUUCUUUUUUUUGUUGAUCUACCUCUUAGAAUAAAGACAAACGGAUAUAGAACAGAUCAUAAAACUAAAAAAGACACAAAAAGUUAAUUUUGAAAAUGUUAAGCUUAAUGAAUCAAUAAUAAUUAUAUUAAUAAUAAUAAUAAAUGACUUGAGCAACUGGGUAGCAGCAUCUCCGUAUACUGUAGUGCAUAGGAGUCUUUUACUUCCAAAGAUGAUUUUUCUUCAUUCGUUUUUGAAAUUGUUCAGGAUGAAUUUGGAAAUGGAAUAAAUGGAAAUGCGGGAGGGGAAAUAAACAUGUCAGUUUCACUAUCCAAUCUCUCUUUUUUUUUUAAAUUUCAUUAUUAUUAAACUGACUUUAUUUUUAACUUACAAAUUGUUCAUCUUUCUGUUUGAUUUAUAUUUCUGAUGGCUUUUUAAAUAUGACAUAGGAUUGUAUCUCUUAUGUUUGCAAUAGAAUCUGCUCUCUUUCUCUGUGAACCGCAACAUAAUAGUAUCUUUUCAGGCCGCACAGAGCAGCAUGAUGUUGAAAUCGUUUUCAUUUUUAUUGUUUCAUUUCACCUAUAAUGAUGCAACAGGAGAGCGAAGGUCUGUUGAAUUAAAUGGGGCACAUUUUAGGAGGAUGAGAGAGGAAGGAGACUACCUUUACCGGACUAUACCUUUAUCCCUUCACCCUUCUUACAGCAGGUGCCACAGACAUUAUCAGGCCUUUCAGCCUCUGCCUGCCUGAUUUUCUUUGAUUCUCAUCCACAAUUGUUUUGAACUCUUUGUAAAGAAUACAGAGCAUAGAUAUGAAUGUGACAAUAAAAGAUGAGUAAAACGGU